AUGACUUCAACCUCACCUUCUGCUCCCGCUCCCGCUCCCGCACAGCACAAACCUCUGGUCGUGGGCCGCACCAAACCCCAGUCUCCUGCCGCCAUGGAUGCCCCCUCGAGUAGCAGCAGCGGGCCGGUCGACAAAGCCAUUUCCGCCGAGACAAAGGCCGCCCUCAACCACGAGAUCGCCGAGAACGUCAAAUCCAAUACCUCCGCCCCCGCCCCCACCGCCGAGGGCAGCACCACGCCGUCCACCAACAAUAAAAAGAAGGAAAAAGGCCCCGAAGCAGCCCAAGCAACCCAAAGCCCCCGCCACGCCCGCAGCGCCGUCGGCCACCUUCUGCGCGCGAUCGCACACCCCAAUGCCGACUCCCUCUACGUCUCCACCGUUGCCAUGGGCGACCCCGAAGGGACAGAACACACCCAAGUUGACGAGGAGACGGGCAAGGUGGUGCGGACAGUAUGCUCGGGCUUGAACGGACUGGUGCCGCUGGAGGAAAUGCAAAAUCGAAAAGUCGUGGUGGUGGCGAACCUGAAGCCGGUGAACAUGCGAAGCAUCAAGUCCGCGGCCAUGGUGCUGGCAGCGUCCCCCCGGGCGGAAGAGGGCGCCGACCCGCACGCGGCCGAUCGCGUGGUGGAACUGGUCAACCCCCCCGAGGGCAGCGAGGCAGGCGACAAAGUCUACUUUGAGGGCUGGCCGUACGGCGAAGGCAUGGGACCGGAGAAGCAGUUAAACCCCAAGAAGAAGGUGUGGGAGAGCGUACAACCGGGCUUCUUCACGAGCGAGGAUUGUGCGGUGGGCUUCGAUGCAGGAAGGCCGGGCGUGGAGAUCGAGGGCGACAAGGAGAAGAAGGGCUGGUUGAUUGUGGAGGGCAAGGGGAGAUGUACGGUCAAGACGCUGAAGGGAGCUGUCGUGAGGUGA